AUGAGCCAAUUGAGUCUAGCAAAUGAAUUCGAAGAGCUUGAUUGUACUCAAGACCACCAAUUUCCACGAUCCGUUGAGGCCAGCCAUGAAGUUUCGACGAGUAGAAAAAGAAGUAGCAAGAGACAAAGAAGUUCGAGUUAUCAGCGAACUGAACAAUCUGUGGAAACAAUAGACCUGACAAUGGACGAAUCAAGCUCAAGUGAUAGCGGCACCGCCACUCCAGUAGAAGUUGCCACCCCGGAGGAACGAACAUCUCCCGAAGAGCCAAAAUUGAUCAAGAAAAUGAUUGAUUUCGUCGACUCCAAAGCAUGGCUCGAAGAUGUGUCAGCGCCAGUCGCGAAAAAAACCGAGGCGGAAAAAGAAUGGGUCAUCGAAGCAAUCGUGAACCAUCGCUACGUAGAAAAUGAAAUAAAAUAUCUGAUCAAAUGGAAAAACUGGCCCAGCAGUUCGAAUAGCUGGGAGCCGCUUGAGCACAUGAACUGCAACAUAAUGAUUGAAGAGUAUCAUCAGAAACACCGAGCAAAAGCAGAAGAGUUCAAUAAACACUUCUCCCGUCGGCAAGAAGACACUGGAUUUGGCCGGAACAUGAAACCAGAACGCAUUCUUGGGUUUUCCGAUGAAUACGCUGACUUGACGAUUCUGAUUAAAUGGAAGCCCAACAAAAAUCAGAAACAGGCGAAUGAAAAUGAUGAUGAAUCGGCUCAACGCUUGAACAAAGAAGAAUUGAAAGAUCCGCUAAUUAUUGGAUGCAUAAGGAAAGAUUAUGAGAACUACUUUGUGCUGAAAAAAAAGUACGACACUUCAAGCGACCGAUUCCUCGUAAGGACUACUGACGCUUACCAAUUGUACAAGAAAGCUGUCUUCGUCUAUUUCGAACGAAACCUAGUGCGAGACUGGCCAGAAGUUCCCAAAGAAGAGGAGUAG